AUGGGUGCGCUGGAUGGCCGUUUUCCUGCCUGUCGAGACUUCUUUUACCAGGAUUGCAAACUCACACCCUCACUCACCACAUGGUUCCAAAUCACCCAGAUUCACGUUUGGAUGCUUCUUGUCAGAAUCCGUGCGUUGCCGGUCGACCAGAAGAAGCGAUAUUCGCAGAGAUUGGUUGACUAUUACUUCGAGGACGUCGAAAUGCGUAUCAGAGGGCAGUACAAAAUCACGAGUGGAAGGGUUGCCACGACGAUGCUCAAGGACUACUACGACCAAUUCAGAGGAUCUACCCUCGCGUACGAUGAGGCUUUGACCAAGGAUGAUACGGUUUUCGCUGCUGCGCUGUGGAGAAACGUAUUCCAGACAACGCAAGAACCUGACUUGCCAGCACUAGCCGAGCUAGUUUCCUAUAUUAGGGCAAACUUACAGCAUCUCGAGCGGCUCAGCGAUGACGAAGUGGUGAAUGGGAACGUUGAGUGGCAGUUACCGGACAGAGCAAGUGUUCAAGCAAUACAGAGGGGUGAGCUCCCAACGGAAACAGAAAUUUAA